AUGUCCUUCACGCAGAAGGAUGCUUCUGACAGCAAGAAGUCCAAGAUCGCGAUCCCUCAGUCGUUCGUCAAGUUGGCCGUCGGUAAAGCCUUUCGCGCGCUUGAGAGCGCAAUGCCGCAUACUGCUAAGCAGCAGAUCGACUCUUUGGGGAUCAGGCGCAUCGCAGGCAGCAGCUCUGACAGCACCGAGGAGAUCAGACGACUGAUGGACGAGAACGCAGCCCUCAUGGGUGAGGUGAACAUGUGGAAAGGAAGGUAUCGUGCGCUGCAGAGUCUAUGCGAGCACAUGGAGCGAGGGGCAAAGAUCACCCCAGAAGUCCCUUCGCGGCAGAUGGAGUUGUUUGCAGCCGCCAACCCCUCCCUCAGGAAGCGAAGCAUGGUCUCCUCCUCCGACGCUACUCCGGCCAACCUCUGCCUCUCCCCUCCCCUCCGCCCUUCCUCCCCUCCGCUGGCUCAGGCUGGGAACGACGAGAGGGGAGGAGAGCUGCACGGGAGUUUUCACCUUGCUCCUGCCUCCCAGGAGCUCUUCACCGAGGAGUGCGGAAGGAGCGACCAGGGCUGUCUCGUAGGACGGAACCUCUCCGGCAUCUCCUCCAGCACGUUCCAAGACGCCAUCUCCGAGUACGACGAGGACAUGGGUAACGAGCGGCUGCUCGAGCACCUGGUUCUCUACGGCGUCUCGGGCAAUACAGCGCAUGCCAUGUGGGCAGACGCGCUCAGCAGUGGCGACUCCACUUCCUCCUCCUCCUGCGUGGCCUCGUGCAUCCCCGAGCAGCUCUGGUGCUAUCCCAGUGUGCCCGAGGUGCGAGAGUUGGAGCAGUUUGCCUUCCCUUACCAGGUUUGCGGGGUCACUGCAGCUGGGGAAGGGAGAGUGAGUCCUUGCCAGGUCCCUGUCCAGCUGGAGACGAACGACAGCUGGCGGCAUCUCCUCGCGGAAGAAG